GGCAGCUCCUAAAACCCUAGUCCCCCUCUUCUUCUCUGCUUCUCUGUGGACUGUUGCAGCAUUGCGGUGUUCCUAGGCCGUACUGUGGCUUCAUCUGAAUUGCAUUUCCAUAGCCCGAAUCGGCGCUCACUGUCAAAAUCUCAGUUUGGAAUCUACCAGUUGGGUUAAUGGCGAAAUCAUCAGAGCAGCUGGUUUCUAUCUCCGCCUCGAUCUCGACCUCUUCCACUAAGCAACGGGUUCGGAUGUUUCGAGAUGAAAUCCCGUUGGUUCUCAGUAAUUCAGAUAUGUCUACGGAGCUUGUAUCACUAUUGGUAGAUAUAAUCUUCAAAACAUUGUAUAUUUAUGAUGAUCGGGCUUCAAGGAAUGCUGUAGAUAAUGUGAUUGUGAAAGCUUUAGUGGAGAUUACAUUUAUGAAGAGUUUUGCAGCUACCCUUGUUCAGUUCUUGGAAAGGCAGUUAAAGUUCCUAUCCCACUUGGGCUGCUACAGGCUUCUCAAGUGGUCAUGUCUACUCUUAAGUAAGAGUCAGUUUGCUGUAGUUUCGAAGAAUGCAUUGUGUAGAGUAGCUACAGCACAGGCAACCGCACUUCAGAUUGUGAUGCACAGAUCUUUUCGCGAGCGAAGGGCUUGCAAGAAAACAUUUUUUCAUUUGUUCUCUCAGUCAGUGGACAUCUACAAAUGCUACAUUAUGGAGCUAAGGGAUGCUCGGAUUCCGUACAAAGAUAGUCCGGAAUUAAUAUGGUUGUUGCUGGAAUUCUCAAGAACAACUUCUUUGUUUGAACAAUUCAAGCCAAUAUUUCUUGAUAUUUAUGUUAAAGCAGUUCUCAAUGCAAGAGAAAAGCCAGCAAAGGGUCUUAGUGAAGCUUUUCUCCCACUAUUUACAAAGAUGGUGCAUGAAGAUUUUAUAAGUGUUGUGAUUCCAUCUUCUGUCAAAAUGUUGAAACGCAACCCUGAGAUUGUGCUUGAAUCAGUUGGGGUCCUUUUGAAAUCAGUCAAUCUUGAUCUUAGUAAGUAUGCUGUGGAAAUUCUGUCCGUAGUACUACUGCAGGCCCGCCAUGCAGAUGAAGGAAGAAGGCUUGCUGCCUUAAGUAUAAUUGGGUCUUUGAGCCAGAAGUCUAGUAAUCCAGAUGCUGUAGAAGCAAUGUUUAAUGCCAUUAAAGCUGUAAUGGGAGGCUCAGAAGGAAGACUUGCAUUUCCUUACCAGAGGGUUGGGAUGAUCAAUGCACUGCAAGAAUUGUCUAAUGCUCCUGAAGGGAAAUAUAUCAAUGGCUUGUCACGUACUAUAUGUAGCUUUAUGCUAUCUUACUACAAAGAUGAUGGGAAUGAAGAGGUAAAAAUUGCAAUUUUGUCAGCUAUGGCUUCAUGGGUGGUACGAUCUGCAGAUGCCAUCCAAUCAGAUGUAGUAUCUUUUAUUGCGUCUGGAUUGAAGGAGAAGGAAGCUUUAAGAAGGGGUCAUCUUCGUUUUCUACGAGUUAUAAGCAAAAAUGCUGAUGCUGUUUUACGGAUAUCAUCUUUGCUGGGAACUCUUAUUCAACUGGUGAAAACUGGUUUUACUAAAGCAGUGCAGCGUUUGGAUGGCAUUUAUGCAUUGCUCUCAGUUGCUAGGAUUGCUGCUAUUGAUAUCAAAGCAGGGGAGUCUCUGGAAAAGGAAAAAAUCUGGUCUUUGAUAUCUCAAAAUGAACCGGCUAUUGUACCGAUAUCUAUGGCCUCAAAACUAUCAAUGGAGGACUGUGUAGCUUGUGUCGAUCUUCUCGAGGUGCUGCUCUCAGAACAUCAACACAGAGUGUUGGAAGCUUUCUCUGUCAAAUCUGUAUUACAGUUAAUACUUUUUUUAAUAUGUCAUCCAAGUUGGGAUGUUCGAAGAGUAUCCUCUAAUGCUGCCAAAAGGAUUAUUACUGCUGCUCCACAGUUGUCUGAAGCUCUUUUACUUGAAUUUAUAAGUUUUCUUUCUAUGGUUGGAGAGAAAAUUCAGUUGAAGAUAAGUGAUGCAGAAAAUUCAUUGGAUGCUCAAGGCCCCUUCAUUCCAUCUGUUGAGGUAUUGGUGAGGGCUUUACUUGUAAUAUCAUCAGCGGCUUUAGCUACUGCUCCGAGUGCGUGCAUGCGUCUCAUAUUCUGCGCGCAUCACCCAUGCCUGGUUGGGACUGCAAAGAGGAACACAGUAUGGAAGAGGCUACAGAAAUGUAUGCAGACACUUGGUUUUGAUGCUAUUGGCAUUGUUACUGCUGAUGUGGGGAGUUUGUGCAAGGAUUUGCAGGGACUAACUGGGUUGAUGAGCGCAAAUCACCUAGAACAACAAGCAGCAAUAUAUUCUUUAUCAACAUUGAUGUCCAUAACCCCAAGAGAUACCUAUAUGGAAUUUGAAAAGCACUUGUCAAAUCUUCCAGAGCGGUAUUCCCAUGAUACACUUUCAGAAAAUGACAUUCAGAUUUUUCAUACUCCUGACGGAAUGCUCUCCAGUGAGCAAGGUGUUUAUGUUGCGGAGUCCGUUGCUCCUAAAAACACAAAACAAGCCAAGGGUCGUUUCCGGGUGUAUGAGGAGCAGGAUGAGCUGAACCAUGUCAGCUCUAAUCAUUCUGUCAAGAGAGAACUGGGUAAUAGAGAAGCCACUGUCUCUGGGAAAAAAGAUGUUGGGAAAUCGACAAAGAAAAAUGAUAAGGGAAAGAGUGCAAAAGAGGAGGCACGUGAGUUGCUGCUUAGGGAAGAGGCAUCUAUACGUUCAAAGGUUAGGGGUAUAAAGAGGAAUCUUUCUUUGAUGCUGGGAGCUCUUGGGGAGAUGGCCAUUGCCAAUCCUAUCUUUGCACACAGUCAACUACCUUCCCUGGUUAAGUUUGUGGAACCUUUGCUGCAAUCACCUGUUGUAAGUGAUGUGGCCUAUGAAACUUUGGUGAAGCUUUCUAGAUGUACAGCUCCUCCUCUCUGUAACUGGGCCCUUGAUAUUGCAACUGCUUUACGCCUAAUUGCCACAGAGGAAGUUCGUGCUUUGUGGGAUUUGAUUCCUCCUGUUGGUGAUGGUGAGGCCAAUGAACAGCCGUCUCUGGGUCUUUUUGAGCGAAUAAUAAAUGGAUUAUCAAUGUCUUGUAAAUCUGGACCUCUUCCAGUGGAUUCUUUUACUUUCAUUUUCCCGAUAAUGGAGCGGAUCUUGUUGUCCCCCAAGAAGACAGGACUUCAUGAUGAUGUGCUUCGAAUUCUUUAUUUGCACAUGGAUCCAGUAUUACCCCUUCCAAGGCUUCGAAUGUUAUCAGUUCUUUAUCAUGUACUUGGUGUUGUUCCAGCUUAUCAAGCAUCUAUAGGACCAGCACUGAAUGAGUUGUGUCUGGGUCUGCGAUCUGAUGAAGUGGCAGCUGCUUUAUAUGGAGUAUAUGCCAAAGAUGUUCAUGUCAGAAUGGCCUGCUUAAAUGCCAUAAAAUGUGUUUCAGCUGUUGCGAACCGUUCUCUUCCUCAGAAUGUUGAAGUUGCAACAAGCAUUUGGAUUGCAUUACAUGAUCCAGAAAAGUUGGUCGCAGAAGCUGCGGAAGAUAUAUGGGAUCGCUAUGGAUAUGACUUUGGGACUGAUUAUUCGGGGCUUUUCAAAGCACUUUCCUAUGUCAACUAUAAUGUUCGCUUGGCUGCUGGGGAGGCAUUGGCUGCUGCUUUGGAUGAAAGUCCAGAUACCAUACAGGGAUCCCUUUCUACUCUUUUCUCUUUGUAUAUUCACGAUAUUGGUGUUGGUGAGGGCAAUCUUGAUGCUGGUUGGCUAGGUAGACAAGGGAUAGCAUUGGCGUUACACUCGGUGGCUGAUGUGUUGAGAACCAAGGACCUUCCUGUUGUAAUGACAUUCCUUAUUUCACGGGCACUGGCUGAUCCUAAUGGGGAUGUUCGGGCAAGGAUGAUUAAUGCUGGUAUUAUGAUCAUUGAUAAGCAUGGCAAGGAGAAUGUUUCUUUGUUAUUUCCAAUUUUUGAGAACUACUUGAACAAGAGGGCAUCAGAUGAAGAAAAAUAUGAUUUGGUUCGUGAGGGUGUAGUUAUUUUCACUGGGGCUUUGGCAAAGCACUUAGCUAAGGAUGAUCCUAAAGUUUAUGCUGUCGUAGAGAAGUUGUUGGAUGUGUUAAACACUCCAUCAGAAGCUGUUCAGCGGGCAGUCUCAACCUGUCUAUCUCCAUUAAUGCAAUCAAAACAAGAUGAUGCACCAGCCCUUGUUUCUAAGCUUCUGGAUCAACUGAUGAAAAGUGAAAAAUAUGGGGAACGGCGUGGAGCAGCAUUUGGACUUUCUGGGGUAGUUAAGGGAUUUGGUAUUUCUUGUCUGAAGAAGUAUGGAAUUGUGGCCAUAUUGCAAGAAGGUCUUGUUGAUAGGAGUUCUGCAAGAUGUCGUGAAGGAGCUUUACUAGGAUUCGAAUGCCUUUGUGAGACACUCGGAAAAUUGUUUGAACCGUAUGUAAUUCUAAUGUUACCGUUACUUUUGGUUUCUUUCUCUGAUCAAAUUGCUGCUGUCCGUGAAGCUGCUGAAUGUGCUGCACGUGCAAUGAUGUCUCAGCUAACUGCUCAGGGAGUCAAGCUUGUCCUCCCGUCUUUACUAAAGGGUCUUGAAGAUAAAGCUUGGCGAACAAAGCAAAGUAGUGUGCAACUACUUGGUGCCAUGGCUUACUGUGCCCCCCAACAACUAUCUCAAUGUCUUCCUAGGAUUGUGCCUAAACUGACAGAGGUGUUGACAGAUACCCAUCCGAAAGUCCAGUCAGCUGGGCAAAUGGCUCUUCAGCAGGUUGGGAGUGUGAUAAAGAAUCCAGAAAUAUCUGCCUUGGUCCCUACUCUUUUAAUGGGUCUUACUGAUCCCAAUGACUAUACAAAAUACUCCCUCGACAUUCUCCUUCAAACAACAUUUGUUAAUUCAGUUGAUGCUCCAUCACUUGCACUUUUGGUGCCAAUUGUCCAUAGGGGGCUAAGGGAACGAAGUGCUGACACUAAGAAAAAGGCUGCUCAAAUUGUUGGAAAUAUGUGUUCAUUAGUGACAGAACCGAAGGAUAUGAUCCCAUAUAUUGGGUUGCUACUCCCUGAAGUGAAAAAGGUUCUUGUGGAUCCUAUUCCUGAGGUUCGGUCUGUAGCAGCCAGGGCACUUGGAUCUCUUAUAAGAGGAAUGGGUGAAGAGAACUUCCCAGAUCUUGUUUCAUGGCUAUUAGACACACUUAAAUCUGACAAUAGUAAUGUAGAACGCUCUGGAGCUGCUCAAGGAUUAAGUGAGGUUUUAGCUGCACUUGGCACAGAGUAUUUUGAGCAAAUACUUCCUGAUAUUAUCCGGAACUGUUCUCAUCAAAGAGCAUCUGUGCGUGAUGGAUAUUUAACGCUUUUCAAGUAUUUCCCAAGGUCAUUAGGUGUACAGUUCCAGAACUACUUACAGCAGGUGUUGCCUGCUAUCUUGGAUGGGCUUUCGGACGAGAAUGAAUCUGUACGUGAUGCAGCACUUGGUGCUGGGCAUGUUCUGGUGGAGCAUUAUGCAACAACGUCUUUGCCUCUGCUUCUUCCUGCUGUAGAAGAUGGUAUAUUCAAUGACAACUGGCGAAUUCGACAAAGUUCUGUAGAAUUGUUGGGCGACCUUUUGUUCAAGGUUGCUGGAACUUCUGGGAAAGCAAUACUUGAAGGUGGUAGUGACGAUGAAGGUUCUAGCACUGAAGCACAUGGACGUGCUAUCAUUGAGGUAUUAGGGCGGGAAAAGCGUAACGAGGUUCUUGCAGCAUUAUAUAUGGUUCGAACCGAUGUCAGCUUAUCUGUGCGUCAGGCUGCAUUACAUGUGUGGAAGACAAUUGUGGCAAACACUCCAAAAACUCUUAAGGAGAUAAUGCCUGUUCUAAUGAAUACACUAAUUAUUUCUCUUGCAUCAUCAUCUUCUGAAAGGCGACAGGUCGCUGGCCGAUCUGUGGGUGAGCUUGUUAGGAAGCUUGGUGAAAGAGUACUGCCUUUAAUCAUCCCAAUUUUAUCCCGAGGGCUAAAGGACCCUAGUACUAGCAGAAGACAAGGUGUAUGCAUUGGCCUGAGUGAAGUAAUGGCCAGUGCUGGUAAGAGCCAGUUGCUGAAUUUCAUGGAUGAGCUCAUACCUACCAUUCGGACUGCCCUCUGUGAUAGCAUGUCUGAGGUUCGUGAGUCUGCAGGUUUAGCAUUCAGCACUCUCUAUAAGAGCGCUGGAAUGCAAGCUAUUGAUGAGAUUGUUCCAACGCUGCUUCAUGCUCUGGAGGAUGAUCAAACCUCUGAAACAGCUCUUGAUGGCCUCAAACAAAUCUUAAGUGUCAGGACUACGGCUGUUUUGCCUCAUAUCUUGCCCAAGCUAGUCCACCUUCCUCUUUCUGCCUUUAAUGCACAUGCCCUUGGAGCUUUAGCAGAGGUUGCUGGACCUGGUCUUAACUUCCACCUUGGUACCAUUCUUCCUGCAUUGCUUUCUGCAAUGGGUGAUGAUAACAGGGAUGUUCAAACUUUGGCAAAGAAGGCUGCUGAAACUGUGGUCUUGGUCAUUGAUGAGGAAGGCAUUGAGCCUUUGAUAUCAGAACUUCUGAAAGGUGUUGGUGACAGUCAGGUUUCAAUCAGAAGAAGUUCAUCAUACCUAAUAGGAUAUUUCUUCAAGAACAGCAAAUUAUAUUUGGUUGAUGAAGCUCCAAAUAUGAUAUCUACCCUGAUUGUUCUGCUUAGUGAUUCUGAUUCGGCCACCAUUGCAGUCUCGUGGGAAGCCUUGUCAAGGGUUAUUGGUUCUGUUCCUAAGGAAGUGCUUCCUUCUUAUAUAAAAGUAAUUCGUGAUGCAGUAUCUACUUCCAGAGAUAAAGAGCGUAGAAAAAGAAAGGGAGGGCCUGUUAUUAUACCUGGAUUCUGUCUCCCAAAAGCUCUUCAGCCGUUGCUGCCAAUAUUUCUCCAGGGUUUGAUAAGUGGAUCAGCAGAACUAAGAGAACAGGCAGCUCAGGGUCUUGGGGAACUGAUUGAAGUGACCGGUGAACAAGCACUGAAGGAAUUCGUCAUCCCAAUUACUGGGCCUCUCAUUCGGAUAAUAGGGGACCGGUUCCCUUGGCAGGUGAAGAGUGCCAUUUUGUCAACUUUGAGCAUCAUGAUAAGAAAGGGGGGGAUAGCACUCAAACCUUUCCUUCCCCAGCUUCAAACGACAUUUAUCAAAUGCUUACAGGAUAAUACAAGGACUGUUCGCUCAACUGCUGCUUUCGCAGUUGGAAAGCUUAGUGCAUUAAGUACUAGAGUUGAUCCAUUAGUUGGUGACCUCCUGUCCAACUUACAGGCAUCAGACGGUGGGGUCCAGGAGGCAAUAUUGAAUGCUUUAAAAGGUGUUUUAAAGCAUGCUGGCAAGAGUGUGAGCAGCGUUGUUAGAACCCGUGUCUAUGUCCUCCAGAAAAAAUUGAUCAAUCAUGAUGAUGAACAAGUUCGAAUUUCUGCUGCAAGCAUAUUGGGUAUCAUAUCACAGUACAUGGAAGAAGAUCAGCUGUCUGAGUUGCUUCAGGAACUCUCAAAUUUGACAUCAUCUUCUAGCUGGUCUGCUAGGCAUGGCUCUGUACUUGCAGUGUCAUCCAUGCUUAGGCACAGUGCUACAAAGAUGUGCUUGUCUGAAACAUUCCCAUCCGUUCUCAAUUGCCUUAAAGUUACCUUAAAUGAUGAGAAGUCCCCUGUUCGUGAAACCUCAACGAAAGGAUUGGGGAGGCUUCUACUUCAUCAAAUUCACAGUGAACCCUUAAACCCUGGCUCACUUUUGGAAAUUCUUCUGCCCAUAGUAUCAGCUUUGCAAGAUGACUCCAGUGAAGUCAGAAGAAGGGCAUUAACUGUAUUGAAAACAGCUGCAAAAGAAAAUCCUUCAGUAAUCAUGUCCCAUGUUACAACUUUUGGCCCUGUGCUUGCUGAAUGUUUGAAAGAUGGAAAUGCUCCUGUGAGAAUAGCAGCAGAGCGAUGUACUUUGCAUGCAUUCCAGUUGACAAAGGGAGCGGAAAAUGUUCAAGCUGCACAAAAGUUUAUCACAGGCUUAGAUGCUAGACGAUUAUCCAAGUUUCCAGAACAAAGUGACCAGAGCGAUGACAGUGAAGAUGAUUUGGCAAGUGGCUGAACCUUUCUCUUCAUCAUCUUUAUUGUUAUUAUUAUUAUUUUGGAGCUUUCUGCCAAGAACGAGAGAAUGAGGAUUGACACGAGCGUCUGAGCUCUGCGGCUGAUACAUUCUCCGGCAUUUAUUUGUCCUAUUAUAUUUAUAGGAAAACAUACACACAUAAAGAUGCAUACACACGUAGAUGACGAAAUGCCAUGUAAUUGCCGAGGGAAGAUGAAAUUUUGCAGCUUGGCCUUCCCUUUUUUAUGAUUUUUGUACAAUGUCAAUGUUAUUGAGAAGCGCUUCAGUAGGACUUUCCCCGAGACCUUUUUUGUCUGUAAAUCAUGUCUCUCUUCAAUGAUAUUUUUUUCGUCGAUGGAAGUAAAGAUUAUUGUGUGGCAUGUA